AUGGCGGAGUCUGACAAUGUGCUGGUGAAUCUCCAACGGUGGGCACAGCAUGCGGUGAACCAUGUCAAGGGUGGACAUGGGUCUGGGGCAUUGCUGUGGGAGACCCGUCCUAUUGGAAGCAGCAGCAUGUUCAGUGGGACCUGCUAUCCAGAGCGCGCGCUAGCUUACAUAGGAGCUGCGAGGAAGAUGCAAGACCCAACCCUGAAAGAGUUGACCGAACCCCUGUGGACGUGUGAGAUUGACAGCAAGGCUCGCGGCUCCCAGAGGGAUUCUCUUCCUCCAACUGCUUGUAAGUUUGAAAACAUCGAGCAUUUUAUCAGCCCGAAAGCACUGGCAGAGAUGAAGAAAGUGAAGAUCAAACACAGCACCAAGCGAUUUCAGAAAUGGUGGGGGAUUGCCAGUAAGGCCACAAUGUGCACACAUGCCUAUUGUUCACAGCAUCUACGCAAGUGCCCUAUCCGAGACAGUUUCCUGGACGUGACAGGGAGCAUUUGCAAGAGUUUUUCAUCGUUAGGCAACCUUGAAGGAGAAGAUUCGGAAAAUUCGAUUCUGUUGGUCAUUUGGAUGGUAUUCAACUUUCGGCGUCGCACAGCUAUCUUGACCCAUGAGAAUGUGCGAGGAUUUGUCUCACAACUCAUCUCGGACGAGGCAUGCAAAGCAGGUUACAACCAUGUGCAGGCAAAGUGUCACCCGAGAGACGUCGGCAUUCCGGUCGGAAGGCCCAGAAAGUAUUUUGGCUUUAAAAAAAGCAAUGAUCACCUUGUUUUCUCAAAGUAUAUUUAUGUGUAUUUUUACCUAUGGAAACCGUUGAUUAUAUAUAUAUGUACUGCAGAAAGCAGAAUUUGA